GUCGAUCCCAAAUCGCUUCCUAUUGUAGUGCACUGUGAAGGAUGUGAAGUAAUGGCUAGUGGUGAGACAUGCUCCUGAAACGCUGUUAGCUACUAUUUCAUACAAUAGUAGUAUGUUGUGGAUAUAAGCUUUGAACAAGACUUGGCUUAGGAAAGUAGUGUUGAGGUAAAAAUGAGUGAGUUUGAUUCCUCCGAGGCGCUUCAGGGUCGGUUAGAGACGCUGCAUCAACUGACUGAGUUUAGUCAGAGCUGUCGGACACAACUGACAGAGCUGCUCGAUGUGCUGGGAUGGAGCUGGGAGAAUUAUUCCUCACAGGACAUGUUGGUAGUGUGUCCCCUUGACUCGAACCACACAGUCCCGUCUAGAAACAUGGAGAACCACAAAACUACUUGUCUGCUCACCCAGUUAGGAUACUCCAAAGAAGAACAGGCAGAGAUGUACGAUACAUCAAUUUGCUAUGAGAAGGCCAACAUUCCCAGCAUAAAAUUGGAUAAAGAUACACAACAUCAGGUGAUUCUGCAGGCCCGGGCAAGUGCUCCUCUUGUUCAGUCGACAGGAACCUACUGCCAAAAGGAUUACUCCAGUGAGCCUGCAGAUGUGCCUCAGAACCACAAGCGAGCGAUAUGUGACCUCACAGCAGCUGACCGACUGGCUCUGUAUGAUCACGUCAUACAGGAAGCCAUACAGCAGAGCGCAAAGACUUCCAACAAUGAAGAUCUUUACGUGGAUCUUGUGUCCAAGCUUAACAAAGAUGAAGAGAAAAGUGGCCCAAAGUCUCACCUUGAAGUCUUGGCUGAAAUGAGGGACUACAGGAGACGUCGUCAGUCAUACAGAGCAAAAAAUGUUCACAUCACCAAGAAGUCAUACACAGAGAUCAUACGUGAAGUGAUUGAUGUCCACUCGGGGGAGCUGGCCAAGCUGUGGCAGGCGGAGAAAGUGGAGGAGGAGAAAACUUCACAACACUCUCACAGGAGGCUGCCAGAUAAGGGUCGUUCUGCCUCUGUCGAGUCACGUGAAUCUCAUGUGAGUUCCAGAGAUGAGAAUAGCUCUCGCCACAAACGUCACCAAAAAUGUAGCCGUGAGCACAGCCAAGAAAGAGGAAGCAAAAGCAGAAGGAGGGAUUCCCACUCUCCUGAAGAGAGACAUCAUAAGAAAAAGAAGAAAAAACAUAAGUCAUAACUUAACUGAGAUGGUAGUGAUUUCCAAUAUGUGAGGAAAUCAUUUAAGACAUACCUGCCAUUAUUUUGUAUCAUCUGAUUGCCGAUUACAAGGAAUUUCAGUGUGUGUAAAUAAAUAAAGGAUAUGUGAAUCUUAA